AUGUCUACAGUGGAAAAUGCUCACGAGAGCAACAAUCAACAACAACAACAACAACAACAACAACAAGGUAAUAAUGCUGAUAUACCAUUAGUGAACCAUCUAUACCUUGAGAGGAUAUAUCCAAUGCUACCAGUGGAAUCUCAUUUUGAAACUUAUUCAGACGUUGAAAAGGACCAGCUAUAUAUCUCAUGUAGAUCUGUAAUUAUGAAUAUUGCAAUCGCAUCAGAUGUUAAUGGAAUUAUUGAAAAUACAUUAAAUAUAAUAGAUAUAAUUCUAAAAGAUCAUAGAAUCAUUUCCUCAAAGAUUGGUUUAGAAUCUAUCCAUUCAAUUUUAGUAUUAUUAAGAUUAUUAUGUGAUGUAGUAGAAUAUUAUUGGGACCAUUUAGAAUCAAGUACCGUACCAAAGAUGAAAUCUUAUGAAGUUUAUAAAAAUAAACAAAAUAGAAGUUAUAGAAAUGAUAGUGAUAAUAGUAAUAUUUAUAUCGAUGCACAAAAUAAAAUUUUUGCUAACUCUGCAAUUGGUUAUUCCAUAGUGGAACCAGGCUUCCAUGAAACUUCACCUGUAUCAUUGAAAAAUCAUGUAGCAAAUAGAUUAAUGGAAACGUGUUUAAAAUUAAGAUUUCAUGUAAGAAAUUUAAAAGUUAUGAAAAAUAUGUGUGGUCAUUUAUUUUCAACUUCAAAUAAUUCAAUUUAUCAAAAAAUAUUACCGGAAUAUCAAUCAUUUUUGAAGAAAAACACUGAUCAUAAACCAUUAGCAAUGAUAGAUGUUUCAUUAGGUUGUCUAUUAAGAUUUUCUUCUGCAACUAAUCCUGAACAAUAUUUGAAUUUUUUAAAUAAAAACUUAAAGGAACCACUAACAUCAAAUCCAUCAAGUUCUAGUGAUAUGAAAUACGUACAGAAUGUUGAAUUGAUAGGUUAUGCCUAUUUGAAUGAAAAGAUAUUAUCGAGAUAUUUAGAAUUGGUAACAUUCUUAAACAAUAUGAAAAGACCCGUGUUUAGUCAUUUAGUAUUAUAUUUUGCUUCAAGUACAUUACUAUUUUGGAUAAUGGCAAGACCUGCAGAAUAUUUACAAACUUAUCAAAAAUUGAAAAAUUAUAAUCAAACUAAACAAGAUCAAACAAUGAGAGGAUUGAAUAAUUUGAUCAAUAAUUUAUUCGAUGAUGUAUAUUCUUCAUUUAACGUGAAUAAUAUGUUAACAGCAACUCAUAAUUUAUCAUCAAUCCCAUUAGCUAGGGCCUCUGAUACUUCAUAUAACAAUAAUAAUUCUGUCUCUGCAUCUUCGGCUUUGACAUCUGCAUCUUCACCAUCAUCUAGCCGUAACACAUCAAAUCAUAUUCCAAUUGUAUCACCAUCUUCGGCAUCGGCAUCUGCAUCAGUAUCGUCUUCAUCUACAUCCUCCUCGUCCACGUCAUUAAAUACUGUGGAACAAGAUAAAUUACGUAGACCAGAUACUUUGACAAAGAGACGUUCGUCAUCAUCAAAUAGCGGGAAUAUUACCCCUCUAGUAAAACAUGGACAAUCUCCAAUUAUAUCAAACACACCGACAAUUACUGCAUUAUCCUUAUUAAAUUCUCCAAAACAUUCAUCAACUGAUAUUAAUCAAUAUUUUCAAAGUCGGAUUCCAUCAAAUAAUAACAACAACACUAAUAAUUACGAUACUUUUAACACAGGGUCACGGGUGACCCUGAGUAACUUGGCAUCUGUAAAUGAAUCGAGACGUGAUAUUUCAAAUUCCAUUCAUAACUCAAGUAAUCCUAGUAUUAAUAGUUCCUUAAAUGCUGGUGCUAACGAAAGUAUUUAUUCAAGAAGUACAUCAGCAACUGGAAGUGGCAGCGCUUCAUCUUCAAGUUUGGUAAAUGAUAUGUCUCAUAUCCAUGCUUUGAAUACUUUGGAAGACACUAAGGACAUUACACAAACUGACGUUAUUCAUGUAGAAAAUAUUCUGGAUCUAUAUAACCAUUUCAGUGAUAAUGAAUCAUUGCCACAUACUGCUGUUUUAAAUUUUUUGACAACGCUAUUAAUGUUAGAUACUGAAGUAUUUACUGAAAUCAACACACAAUCAUUCAAACAUAUCGAAGAAAUCAAAUCCAAUGAUAAAAGUUCAUCGUCUGUAGAGGAAGAUGAAAGUGUACCACAUAUCGACAGAGAUAGAAAUCUACAUAUGAAACAUUUUACAUCGGGUUUAAGAAGGUUGAAGACUUUACAACUUUCAAGAAAGAAGACAAUCAAGUAUGUCGAUUUAAUAAUCAAGAACAUUACAGAGGCGACAUCUACAUCUGAGCUGGCUCAGUUUGAUUCUAUCAUGUCUAUAAUUUCAUUAUAUUCAUUAAGUGCAUCCGUUGCCAAAUAUAAACCGAAUUUACCUGCAGUACUUUUCUCCAAGAGAAUGACCCAGAUAUUAGCAAUUAAUCUCCAUAUUGGUGAAGGAUGGGAUAAACGAAUUCCAACGAAUAAUAUUUUACAAGAAUGCUUACAAAGAGAUGCUUUCUCUAAUUUCCAAUUACAGGUUACAUAUAUCACAGCUGCCUUACAGCUAGAAAAUGAUAAAUUUAUGAAAUCCUUAAAUAUGCAGAAAUGCUUGAAUACCCAAAAUCUUCAAUUAAUUAAUUUAUACACUGAAAGUUUUAGAGUAUUUUUCAGUUUACCUAUUCCGGAACCAGUAAAAAAGGAUAUUGCUUAUAAGACGUCCUAUUUCUUUAAAUCGUCUUUCCGUCUAGGUUCAGAAGCUACACUAAAAAAUAUUUCUACUUUAGACGACGAUAUUACUGAAAUUGCGACGGCUAUUUUGAAUGGAACAAUCCUUGAUAAACAUGGGAUGAGAAUAAAAAGAAAUUUUUUAAAUGGCAAAGCCAACUACCCUUCAAAUGUGCCUUCAGAUGAAUCGUUGUUACAAGCUUUUGAAAGUGCAGUAGAUAUCGAUGAUGGUGGUAUCGAAAUAAACUGGUCUCCUAAUUCUUUAUAUAGAUCUGCAUCUUCUUCUAUCAAUGCUGUUAAUGAUUCAAGUAGUGCAUUAACCUCUGCGGGCCAGAUUAUUUCCCCAAGAGCAAGACGAGCAACUUUUCAAAGCCCAUUAACCAGAAGUAAAAGUCCAUUGUCAAUGUAUACCGGUGAUAACAUUUCAGAUUCAAAUAAUUUUACAGUUAUAGGUGAUGCAUCAAAAACUCCAUCUAUCUCUUCUCAAUUAAUGACCUCAACAACAUCUACACCGUUACAAAGAAAUAUUAAACCACUGGUUAAACAAACGAUAGGGAGAUUAAGAAGAUAUUCUGAAGAAUCUAAUGGUCCAAACAUGAAAUUACCUACAUCCCAAGUCAAUUUCGCGGCACACAAUGUUGACAUUAAGAAUACCACAAACUUUCUUUAUGGCAAACAGAUCACCAUCAAUAUAUUGAAUACAUUUAAGAGAAUGACAAGUUAUUUUAUCUUACCCCACGAUAAGAAUCCAAAUUUGAAUUGGGUUGCAGAAGAUUUUCACAAUAUUAUUAAACCAGUCUUUGUUUCUGUUUUGGAAGCAGAUGAAGCUCUUCAUUCCACUGCACAAUUGUUUAUGAAUGUUUUGCUGGAAUAUAUCAACGAAUAUGGAUCAAACAAAUCUGCUAUGACAAUCAAGGGCUAUCUAUUGAUUUGUAGUCAUACAGCAAGUUUAUUUGCAAUUGAAUUGUUAAAUCUAAAUCUGUCUAAUAAACAGCGUACCAUUUUACUAGAUAUAUUAAUCAAAUAUUUGAAACUUCGUUCAUCACUAAUGAAAUCAUCUCAGGCUGCCGGGGUAGAAACUGCUGCCAUCGAAGUUCAACUAUCUACAUUUCCACUUCUACAUGGUACUGUUGGAAGAGCAUUGUUCAUCUCCUUCUAUUGCAAUGACCCGAAGGUUCAGAAAUUAAUUAUUGCAGGUAAUAUAGAAUACCAUAAAUUGAUUGAAAGCUAUAAAGAACAUUGUCCGAAUGCCCUCGAUAAUGAAUGCACACUCUCCGCUUAUAUUUUGAAAGACAACGCCUUUGCAACCUCAGGUGCUACUGCUUUCCAGAGACGUACAAGAAACGCCAUUCUAAUGCUGAGAGGUAAACCUGAUGCCAUCAUUGUAGAUUGUGUUGACAAAAUGUUUAGAAAGUGGUAUCAUUAUACAAAAUCUGACAAAAGGACAAAUAGAAAGAAAUUAUGGGAAUUUAGAAACCUUGCAGGUAUUCUAUCAGCUGUAUCUGGUAUAUUCCUACGUACAAACAGCGGUAAUUCUAUAUCUGCAACUGUACCUGACGAACUAGACUCAUCAUAUAUCAAUUACGAUGAAGUAGUGGCCACUUUGAGAAAUGAUUUUAGUUAUUUUAUUAGCAAGCAAUGUGAAUGGCUGAACAAUGUAGAUCUUUUAACUAGAGAAAAUGCAAGAGAUAUUAUUAGUUUAGAGCUACAUCCAUAUUCUCUAAAUGUUUUAUUUAAUCACUUGAGAAAUCAUAUCAAUCAAAUCAUGAAUGUCGAUCUGUGUGCUAAACAAAAUGAAAUGUCGUUCGUCUUAUUAGAACAAAUUAUUAUAAUCAUCAGAACUAUAUUGAGAAGAGGAGAUAUUGGAGACAUCAUGAUUGUUUAUUCCACUAAUAUCAUUGAUGUCAUUGAUAGACUGAUUAUGGUGGUAAAAAAUAUGGAUCCUGAAGCUCCAAAAUACUACAAAUCAGUAAUCCAUAUGUCGAAAAUGUUUAAAGCAAUUCAAACAUCUGAAAAGGCACUGGCUAUCAAACACCACUAUUGUUUAAAAAAUAAAUGGCUAAAAUUGGUGAUAUCAUGGUUCCGUAUGUCAAUUCACAAAGAAUAUGAUUUGGAAAACCUUGCUAGACCUCAUAGAGAAAUGAAUUUAGAAACUAGAGAUAUAGACUAUCUAUACAUCGACACUGCGAUUGAAUCAUCCAAAGCUAUUGCCUACUUAACAGAAAAUCUCCCUCUAGAGGUCUUUUGGUCGGGGUCUGUUGAUGAAGUGAGUAGAUCCAAAGUGGUCUUUUUUGGCAAAUACUUUAAUGUUCUCUUAAAAGGGCUAAAAAAAAGUAUGGACCUACAAGAUUGUCCUGUUACCGUGAAACAUAAAAUGACACUUCUAAAUGAAAAUGUUAUUUUAGCUUUAACUAAUAUAUCGAAAGCGAAUACCGAAGUUAGUGUACAGUUUACUCUUCCAAUGGGUUAUUCGUAUAAUAAAAAUAUUAAGAUUGCAUUUUUAAAUGUGUUCACAAAUAUCUUAUCCAGAUAUCCAAUUGAUAAUCGGAAACUCGAGGAAGAACGUUUGCAUACUAUAGACACGAUACUUUUAUACACAAUUCACCAUUCCGAAUUGGCAGUCUAUAGUGCCAGAGCUUGUCCCGUAAAUGACAUUGACCAAUAUACGGCUGUUCUAGUAAAUGCUUUUGAAACUAGGAAUGCUUCCCAUAUAAUAAUUUCUGAAUUAAUUAAGGAUGAAAUUAAAAAUGCUGUAAGACCAUCCGACAUUUUGAGAAGAAAUAGUUGUGCAACUAGAUCAUUGGCAUUGCUUGCGAAAGAUAAAGGCUAUCAUUAUUUAAUAAAUACACUCAGAAUGACUUUGCAAAGUAUCAUGGAUGAAAAUAAACCAGUUGAAAUUGAAAAAAUCAAUCCGGAUGACCCAGAGGCAGCUGAGAAGAUUGAUAUUUUUGUACGCUAUUUUUCCGCCAUUACUAAUGCCAUUGUUAACUCCGUUGAUGACAUCCCAAAGGAAUUUUUCUUUAUUUCACAAUCUAUUUAUGUUGAAGCUCAAAAGAGAUUCCCUGGCUACGGUCUGGUUGCUGUUGGCUCGUUUAUAUUCUUAAGAUUAAUCUGUCCCGCAAUAGUCAGUCCCGAAACAGAAAAUAUAAUAGGUGUUCCUUCGGUCCACCAAAAGAGGUUAUUAUUAUCGUUGGCUAAAGGUAUACAAGGACUCGCAAACAAAUCAGAUUAUCUAAUUAAAUGGCCCAUCCUUAAAUCCAAAAUUGAAUUCUUUGAAGAAUGCAGCACAAAAGUGUUUUGCUUUUUAGAAGACAUUUGUGAUCCAGAACGUGAGGUUAAUAUUAAAGUGAGACUAGACGGUGAUGCAAUACCGUUUGACUAUGGAUUUUUUCAUCAGUACAUAUACAGAGACGGAAUAAGUGUUAGGAAGAGUAUCCUAUCUAACAUUAAACUAACUGAAAAUAUUCCAUUCUUAUCAAAAACAUUAUUAAUGUUCGAUGAAGCAUUAGGUCGUUUAGGAGAGCCAAAAUUCGAAUAUAAAAAUGAAAUCCCAGAAAAUAUUAAGGAACUUGGUCCCGAAUACCCGAAACUGUAUGAAUUUAUGAGUAGAUUUGCCUUUAAAAAGUACAAACAAAUUGGUUCAGACAAGACAUUUGUUAGAGAAUUACUUUCUUCAGACGGUGUACCCAUUCUAACUGUUUCCAUGGCAAAAUUACUGGAAUUUGGUGUAGAACUCGAAACCGUGAUUUUUAAGUUAAUACAAUUGUACACAAGAAUAUGGUCUUCUAAACAUUACUUACUAUUUGAUUGCACCCAAUAUGAAGAAGCAUCUUUUGAUUUUACAAAAUUUGUUAUUAUUAUGAAUAAUAUUUUCCCAGCGUUCGUUCCAGAAAACUGUGCCUGCGUUUACAUCAUUAAUGUUAAUGAUGAUUUCCUAAAACAAUGGGAACAAAUAUUUGACCAAAAUAAUAUAUAUCUAGGUCAUAAAGUUCCCCAUAAAUUUAUCAACACCAAUUCAGACGGUGACUUAAUUAAAUAUUUGAAGAUUGACUGUGAAGGUUUACAAGUCAUGUAUGAUGUACGUAUAUCGUUACACGAUAUUAUGAUGUACGAUGAGAACAAUAACCGUUUAUCCCCAGUCUUGAUGAAAUUAGGUAAUCAAUAUUUCCAAAUUCUACACGAGACACCUAAAAAAUUUAAAUUAGUUCAACUAGACGAAAUAGUUGAUGUGAAAAUAAAUAACGUUUUUAAAGUUGCCGACGUCGUAUCAACAGAAAUAUCCAGCAUUACAGGAGUUGCGGGCGAAUUUGCAAUCAACCUGACUAGUGGUAAGAAACUGAUAUUCUGUAGUACAAAGUUUCUCGAAAUCAUGAAAAUGUUUGAAUAUGCUAAGUCCAGAGAAGAAUCCGAAUAUACGCCAGAUGAAACUAUUGUUACCCCAAGCGAUGUUCAAAAUAUUGCACAACAUUUAGAGGAAAGAAAUGAUAUGAUAGGGCAUUUGUUACUGGUUACCAUAGUAGGGUUAUUCACACCUGAUGAUGUUGUUAAGUCUCAUUCAUACAACUUGCUAGCCGCAGCUGAAAGGGCCUUCAAAUUAAAUUUGGGAUCACACUUUCAUAAAACUCCGGAAGUGUAUAUUCCAUCUAAUGCUACAAUUUUCCUAUCAAAUAUGGCCAAGUCCCUUGCAACAUAUCAUCCAGAAAUAACAAAUUAUAGUUGGAAAUAUAUUUUAGAAGGUAUAGAAAAUGAUUACAUUCCAAAGAAAUACGUCCCGCAGGUUAUUAGUUUCCUUUCGUACUGGGUUGACAACCUAUAUGGGUAUGUUUACCUGGAGGAUGAUGAAAAUGGAGAUGAAAAUACAUCAAAAAUCAUUCGGUCAUUAAUUCAAUUAUCCCUUUCAGAGCCUGCAUUUACGUCUUUAUAUCUUAACGAAAUCUGGUUUCCUCUAAUUACAGAUGGGAGACUGGCAAAACUAAUUGUUACUGAAAUAAUGAAUCAUUGUCUUGAAAGGGAUUCUGAAAAUAAGGAUUGGACUAGAAUAACAGAUUUGCUGACCGGGUUCCCAACAGUAGGACUCGCAACUGAAGUAAUUGAAAGACUUAUAGAUAAUGUGAGAUACGCCCUCCCUUCUCUGAGAUUUGAUACAACCAAUCAAAGUUGGGCAGAGCUGAAAAUAUUGGUACAUAUUAGUGCAUUUUUAUUUUUUGAAUCGACCUUACUGGUUCAAAUGUUUUUACCAGAGGUUCUCUUUGUUAUCUCAAUAUUGAUAGAUAUAGGUCCUAUUGAGUUGCGUACAUUGAUAUUUGAGCUAUUGAUGAACGUUUGUAAUUCGUUAUCCACCAAUUCCAUACUACCUAGUGAAAAGAAAGAACAACUUGAUGACAUAACAAGCGACUUUGCAACGUAUAAAUCAAAAUAUAUCGUUGGAUUUAGUCAAUACAAAGGUGAUAUACUUCCAACAUUUACAACUGGCUCAUUUUCUAUUAAAUUUAAUAUUCUGGAUAGCUUCGUGACUAAAAUUCUCCUUUUAAUGGAUAGCCCUGCUUCUUACGAAACUUACAAAUGGCGUUCAAAAUACAAAAAAUACAUGAGUGAACUGGUUUUCACGCCUAAUCCAUUCUUAUCUGCUCGUGCUAUGAUGAUUUUAGGUAUAGCCGGUAAAACAUACACAUCCACUAAACUAUUGAAUAAUUUACUUAUUAGAACAAUGCACGUUAUUGCCGACCCUGUUGUUAGUUCAGAUAAUGUCUUUGUGAUCCUUUCUCACGCUUUUGCAUACAGUAAGAUUGUACAGGGUUUAGAACCCUCUUUCCCUUUGUUGAUGAAAUUAUUUUGGCUUUCGAUGUGUUUGAUCUAUAUUGACCAUCCGUCAAUAUUUGAAAGUGGACUUAUUUUUAUGUCCAACUGUGCUUCGAGAUUAUACGAAUAUCAUUUUGCUAACGGUUCAGAAAUGAAGACCUUAGUGAAGGAACUACUUGACGCAAGAGAAUUUGCAGAGCCAUUUCUUUGCCAAGUAGAAGAAGUCUACAAUGUGACGUGGUCUGAGGAUAACUUUGUAUCUAUCAUCGUUUCAUUUAUCUCUAGGGGUUUAUCGAUUCCAUCAAUUCGUGCAAAUGCAACCGAAUGUUUAAUUGGUCUAUUUAAGAAUGCCUACCACGAGUACCAAUUAUUUUCGGAUGCAGUCCAAUUUAAAUCUUAUAUGUUUUUAUUGUUUUUGACAGUUGAUGCUGAUCAAUUCGGGAAUAUACUAAAUUCUGUUGGUUACGAUGGUGAUAUGGUUGUGAUGAACGAGCAGUGUAAGAUUCCUACAAUAAUUGAAGAAUGGUUGUGUUCAGACAUGUCCCAAUCCAACGAUGCUUUAUAUCAGGGUGCUAUGAUUUUUAAGAAUAAGAAUGUGGAUGAACCUACCAAAUUUAAAUUUCUACUAGUGAUGCAAUUGUUGUUAGAUAGAGAGCCUAUCUGUUUAUUCAGAUUUUACGGAGCUGUUAAUACCGAAAUGAGAAGGAUUACGUCUUUAGAACACAAUCCAAAAUGGAUUCCAAUUAUCUUUCACAUCAUGGGAGAAGUGGUGAGAUAUUCCCAAUUUCACGACUUUAACCAAUGCAAUGUGACAUCUAUGAAUAGAAUAAGGGAUACAGGUUUAGAUAUUAUCUUACGUUCCCAAUUUGUAGAGAGAGGUCAAGAUGAACUAAAAGAAAAAUUCGUUUUUGAUUUAGAUUAUAUCCUUAUUUCGAAGAGAGCUACUACAAAACUUAUCGCUCGUUUGGCUUGUCCAACUUAA